CAGCGAAGUGUUUGCACACACACACACACACAUUACACCGCACCAAAACAUCAUGGCGUCCACGAGCAAAUCAGGAUUUUCUCAAGACCUUAGACUUUUUGCAUCUGGUGAUGCGGACGGCAAACUGAGAGUGUGGGAAACGCAACAGAAUGUCUUGCUGCAGGAAUAUACCCCCAAUUUGCACCUCACUUCGCCAUGCUCCUGUCUCAAAUGGCUCUGCGCAUCAAGGAGACCGGAAAGCCAUGUGGACACAGGAGCGCCGCAAAAGAAAAAGAGAAAGUCUCGAGAUGUUGGAGAAGAUAUCAUUGCUAUUGGUACCUCAAAUGGUCGGAUUUUACUGUACAGUGUUGCCUCAGCAGCCGUUGAGGGUGAGCUAGUUGGAGGGCACAAGAGUGCUUCUAUUACGGGUCUCAGUUGGUUUCCUGGAACCAGUUUGUACAGCUGUGGUGGAGACAGCAUUGCAGAGUGGGAUAUUGUCAAGGGGAAAGUGAAGAGCAAAUGGAAAGCAGGGACAGAUCAAAUUGCCUGUGUUCUUGUCUGCCCAGAUGGUUCUCGUGUUUUAUCUGCUUCCCGGUCAAUAAAACUUUGGGAUGCAACCAAACAUGUACUUUUGAGAACUUUCACUGGGCAUGCCACCCUUGUACUUUCUUUAACAUUUGUACCUAAACCUGCUUCAAAUGGAGACUAUUACUUUCUUAGUACUGCUAAAGGAGACCGCUACAUAAACGUUUGGUCCCUUGGAAAAGAUGGAGAAAGUGCUGUUGUGGCCAUGGUGUUGGAGAGUGCGCCUGUUGGACCUAUUUCAUUGCAUGAACAGCAAGAUAAUGGUGUUCUCAGUCUUGCGGCUGUCACUGAAAGUGGUGUUGUACAAAUGUUUUCUCAUCAGCUCAAUGGGCGUUGUCCCAAACCUCUCAAACCAACUCUAACAGUGCAGGUUGCCACAGAUUCUGCUAGGAGCAAAGAAAGUGUAGAACCACUCUCCAUAGUUUCUGCUCUUUGCACAUUAAAACAAGAACUGAAAAUUGCAUACGGUUCUGCAGCAUUUCUUUCAUUUGAGAAUGUGGUUUUAAAUUAUGAUGAAAAAAUUCAAGUCCUUGUUAGACAAAGCCCCCGAAAACCACGCCCAGAUUCAACUGAGUCUUCUCUGGUGCAAGUCCCAGAUGCUGAAAAUGCUCAGUUUUUGCCUCAAUCAGCAGCGAAUGCCGCUGUGUUAGGGAUUAAGCGCUCUCACACUCGCACAGCAGAGGUCCCAAUGGAACAGCGCUUGGAAAAUUUGUCUCUGUCCUUAGCUCGCUCUGAUGAAAAACCUACAGCAGUACCUCGAGCUGAUAAUCUAGCCCAACUUAUGUUACAGGCUUUGCAAAGCAAAGAUAAACAAAUGUUACACACCGUACUCCGUCAGCAGGAGGAGGAUGUUAUUAGAAACACUGUCAGAAGACUUCCUUUGCAAGUUAUUGAGCCAUUACUCAAAGAAUUAACAACUUUACUUCAUGGGAAGACAGUCACGGCCCAGACUGGAGCUAGGUGGCUCCGAAUAGUGUUGAGCAUUCAUGCUGCUCAUCUUAUGGCAAAUCCUUCUUUGGUAGAACUGCUUGCUCCAGUUAUAGGUUUGAUUGAGGCUAGGCUUACUUUGCUUCCCUCUUUGAGUCGACUCAGUGGUCGCCUUGAGUUAUUAACAUCUCAGCUAAAUGGUGCUUCUGGAUCAGAUGAAAAUGCUUCACCACUUGAUAUGCCUACUGGUCUCUUGACAUACCAAGAUGCAGAUACAUCUGAUGAAGAUGAUGUCCAGGACGAAGUUGGAGGUUUAGGAAGUGAAAGUGAUGACCAUUGGGAAGAACUAUCAGACAGUAAUUUGGAAGACAAUGAAAAUGAAAAUGAUGUUGACAUGUCAGACUGAGAUGGUUAUUCUGCUUUGCAAUCACUGUUAAUGAAUUAAAUUGAUACAGUAUGGAUGUUAAGUUGGUCAAGUUAUGGACUUUGUUGUUCUCUGGAUAUAGGGACGCAAUUGAGAUAAUAUCAAUGUCAUUUAAAUUACUGUGAAACCAUGUACCUGUCCCAAUCUUUGGAGUUGGAAUACAGUAUCUAGAUGUAAUCUGUUUUUGAAACUUUAGUUAAAUUUUCUGUAAGUAAGUUCUGAGAUUUUGAUUUAUCAGAGUAUAAUAAAGUACUUAACUUCC